AUGGCCGACAAGAAGAAGCUGACCCAGGCCGAGCUGCUCGAGCUUCUGAGCCCGCCCCCCUUCAACCAGAAGAAAUGCGUGCCACCGGAUGCAGUGAUCCAGACUUCCCCAGAGGAGCGUUGGUGGAGGUCGGAUUCUCCACGUCUUCCCGGUGAUGAGUUCCCAGAUGUUCCUGUUCAGAAGGGGUCGAACCCCUCGCUGUCUGCGACUGCCGGGUCCAAGGGCCACGGACUCCGCUCCGGACCAGUAUGCUUUCAAACGACUUCGCAGACCGGCUGCGGGACUGCUGCGCAUUUCAAGAUGGAGGAAGGUGUGCCUCCGGUAAUCUCUGGCUUCAGUGGCCACUUCCCUGGCAAGCAGGGUGCCAACAUCAUUGGCGCCACUUUUGACAAGUCCUACACCGAGUCUUUGUCGCACACCAUCUCGCUUGGGAAGUGA